ACACAACACAAUGACACGAACAAGCAAAGGGCUACUGUAGUCUCUUCUCCCCGACCAGAGUCUCCUCUUCCAACCUAAAAACCCGAAGAAACCCCCCCUCUCUCUCUCCGCCCACAGCAAGAAGCCGUGAUUCCAAAAUCAGACCUCAUUGCGCUCUCCAUCCGGGGAGCGGCGGCUUCUCUCCAUCCCUCUCUCACUCUCUCUCCAUACACCCGAGCACAGGCGAUGGAUCAGGACGUCGACGACCUCGCGGCGGCAUCGCCCCUGGCGGCGGCGGCGCGCUCGCUGCGAGCCGGCGUGGAGCGGUCGCGCGCGAUGGGGCAGGCGAUGGCGCGCGGGGCGCCCCGGCUCGAGGAGAUCCAGGCGGCGCUGCCGGCGCUGGAGGCCGCCGUGCGCCCGAUCCGGGCGCCCCGGGCCGAGCUGGUCGCCGCCGGCCCGCACAUCGACCGCGCCGUCGGCCCCGCCGCCGCGGUCCUCAAGGUGUUCGACGCCGUGCACGGGCUCGAGCCUUCGCUGCUCGAGGCCGGCGAGGGGGGCCCUGGCCCGGCGGGCGACCUACCCGGGUACCUCGCCGUGCUCGGCCGGCUCGAGGAGGCGCUGAGGUUCCUGUCGGAUAACUGCGGCCUCGCCGCCCAGUGGCUCGCCGACAUCGUCGAGUAUCUUGGUGACCACGACCUCGCCGACCCGCGGUUCCUCGCCGAGGUCGGGGUCGCUCUGGAUGAGCUCAGGAAACCGUCCGGGUACCUCGAUGGGGGGCUCCUGGCAGCCGCGCUGGACAUGCUUGAGGGCGUGUUCCGCCGCCUCCUAGCCGAGCACUCCGCGCCGCUCGCGAUGCAGCAGCACGGCGCCACCAGCUCCGCAUCCAUUUCGUCGUCGUCUCGCAUCCCCGCCACCGCGGUCCGCAAGCUCAGCCUGAUUCUGGACCGCCUUGUGGCCAAUGGCCGGCGAGACAGCUGCAUUUCCAUGUAUGCCGAUGCACGCGGUGGCGUGGUCAGUGCCAGCGUUCGUGCCCUUGGCCUCGAUUACUUGCGCAACCCGGCGGAUGAUGCACAGGCAUUGGGACCUGGUGUCGAGUUGUGGGGGCAGCAUUUGGAGUUUGUGGUGCGCCGCCUCCUUGAGUCUGAGCGGCAGCUCUGCGCCAAGGUGUUUGGCCAGCACAAGGAUGUUUCAUCAGCGUGCUUCGCCGAGGUGGCAGCACAGGCUAGUGUUCUUGAUUUCUUGAGGUUUGGCCGUGCAGUUGCGGAUGUCAAGAAGGACCCCAUCAAGCUCCUGCGUUUGCUGGAGGUGUUUGAUUCUUUGAAUAAGCUGAGGUUGGACUUUAACCGAUUGUUCGGUGGAAAGGUCUGUGCGGAUAUUCAGUGCCAGACAAGGGACCUUGUGAAAUUGUUGGUGGAUGGUGCCGUUGAAAUCUUUGAGGAGUUGCUCGUGCAGGUGGAGCUUCAGCGGCACAUGCCUCCCCCAGCUGAUGGGGGUGUGCCGCGCCUGGUUUCUUUUGUUGUUGAGUACUGCAACCGGCUCCUUAGUGAGAAUUAUAGGCCUGUGCUUGCACAGGUGCUCACCAUCCACCGGAGCUGGCGCAAGGAGGUAUUCAAUGACAAUAUGCUUGUUGCCGCAGUGCUUAACAUUGUCAAGGCCCUUGAAGCCAACUUUGAUGUUUGGUCCAAGGGGUACGGGAAUGUUACUCUAUCGUAUAUCUUCAUGAUGAACACACACUGGCAUUUCUUUAAACAUUUGAAGGCUACUAAGCUAGGUGAGCUCUUGGGUGAUGUGUGGCUCAGGGAUCGUGAACAGUUUAAGGGUUACUACCUGGAGAUGUUUAUGAGGAGUAGCUGGGGGCCACUGUCACCGCUGCUCAACCGGGAGGGGCUAAUCUUGUUCUCCAAGGGUCGGGCCACAGCAAAAGACCUCGUAAAGCAGCGCCUCAAAACUUUCAAUGCAAGAUUCAGUGAGAUGUUUCAUGAACAAUCGGCAUGGAUCAUACCAGACAAGGAUUUGAGGGCGGAGGCAUGUGACCUUGUGCUACAGGCAAUAGUUCCUGCCUACCGGAGCUACAUGCAGAACUACGGGCCGCUCGUGGAGCAGGAUGUAAGUGCUAGCAAGUAUGUGAAGUACACCGUCGACGGUUUGGAAAAGAUGCUCAGUACGCUCUUCAUGCCCCGUCCCAGGAGGGCUGGGAGCUUCCAGAUCGGCCACUCCAAUGGCAGGCCCAGUAGUGUGACGGCAGGGUUCUAUCGGAGUGCUUCCGCAGUGAAUUAACUCCAGUUGAAGAACCAAAAGAUUGGUUAUAAUAUUUAUGGAAUAACUGGGUAAGUGAGAACAAUUCAUUUUUCACCAGUCAGCAGGCAGCUCUGCCUCUCACUGAGGCGUAACAAUGGACCUCUAUGAUGAGGGCAAUGCUGGCAUAUGAACAAUAAUAAGUUCUUCUUGAUGGCGAACAGAACAAAGCAGGAAGCAUUUCCUCGGCGCGCAUCUGAGAUGUACCUAGUACCAUUGUAGCUAUUUGUUUAGGAACAUCUGUAGGGGGCUGGAGGUGUGGUGUAUGUAAAACCGGUUGCAAUUUUAGCAGGGCUGUAGACAAUUCUAUCAGUUCCAUGUGCUACAAAUUGAACUCUAGUAAUGCGGUGUAUAUGAAAAACCAGAGUUUGAAGUACUGGCGGCAGCUAACUGGUUACUAUCUGUUCCUGGUUUCCUCGGUGGAGAAGCUGUUUUUAUUAAACCGGAGUAAUAUUACUGAAUCAAUGAAGUGAACCUUUCAACAA